AAAAUAAUGAUGUCUGAAAAAUUGCCAAAGUUGAGCCAGAAAAAAGCUAGAUCUUAAUCAUUAUAUGAGAAUCAAGUUGCCACAUAAAAACUAAAGGAAUCAUUAUACAAUUUAUAGACGAGUCGUUAUGGUUAGAGACCUUAGAAAAAUCCUGUUAUAGAGUCAAUUGUCAAAGAAGCUGAUGUAGUUUUGACUAAUUAACAUCUAAAAGAGAACUUAUUUAAGCUAAAGGAAUUAGGUUUACUAAAGAAUUGUUAACCAAAAAUAUAAACAUAAUCUGGCUUAAAGAAGAAAGAAUAUAUAUUAAAUGAUUAUCAUAAUAAAAGUACAUUAAAUGGAUAUUCAAGAAAUUAUGGUGGAUUAUUUUAUAAUAGAUGA